AUGGACUUAGAGAUCAGGUGGACGAGGAAGAGGAGGGUUAUGUCUAGUAUUCCUAGGUGGUGGUGGAACGAAGAGGUGCAAGGAAAAGUGGAAGCAAAGAAAGCGGCAUAUUUGAAGCUAGUAGAUAGUAUAGACGAGGGGCAGAAGAGUGCCAACAAGGAGGGGUACAAGAAGGCUAGGAGAGAGGCGAAGUUGGCGGUUACGGCAGCUAAGGCCGCAGCGUUUAGUCGUUUAUACGAAGAAAUUGGGGUUAAAGGCGGGGACAAGAAAUUGUACAGGCUAGCAAAGGUGAGGGAGUGGAAGGCCCGGGAUCUGGACCAAGGAGAUAGGGGCAUCGCAUUGGGGGAGUUGGAGUACUCAGAGCGGCAGCGAGAUUUUGGGUAUUGUAGACGCAUACGAGUGGUGGAGGUGGAAGAGGUUAUGCGCAGGAUGAGUAGGGGUAGAGCGACUGGGCCGAACGAGAUCCCGGUGGAAUUCUGGAAGAGUGUGGGCAAGGAGGGCUUGGAGUGUCUUGCUAGGUUGUUUAACGGGUAUCAAGUUGUUAAGCGAUACGAUGAAAGUGUGGGAGAGGGUGAUUUAAGGAGAUUGAGGAGGUGUAUGUCCAUUUUCGAGAACCAGUUUGGUUUCAUGCCGGGACGGUCGACUACUGAGGCCAUUCACAUUGUGAGGAGAUUGGUAGAGCGGUAUCGGGCGGUGAAGAAGGAUUUGCAUAUGGUGUUCAUUGACCUGGAGAAAGCCUAUGACAAAGUACCGAGAGAGGUUCUAUGGAGAUGUUUGGAGGCGGCAGGUGUGCCUGUAGCAUAUAUUAGAGUGAUUCAGGACAUGUAUGAUGGGGCUAAGACACGGGUGAGGACAGCAGGAGGAGACUCUGACUAUUUUUCGGUUGAGAUGGGUUGCAUCAAGGAUCAACACUCAGCCCGUUUUUGUUUUCCUUGGCGAUGGAUUCUUUGA